AUGAUCCCGCGUGUAAGCUGCACCUUCUCCGACUUCUGCUCGUCCACCGGCGUGUACUCCGGCAGCGGGGCGUCGUUGGACGCGGGUUUCUCCGACUUGCCGUUGGCGCUGACUGGUUCGUCGUCCGACGAGUCGAAGAAGUCAUCGGAACUCAAGAAGUUCGACGCCACGUCCGAGAUGGACGAGCUGCUGCUGGAGGCGUCGAAGAUCUCCGACGGGGACAUCCUUUUGCGGCUUCGGCUUCUUUUUGCGCGUAAACGUGGCCUGCAUGUCCUCGAGGUUGCGUUUCACCAUAGCGCUGACGUAAAUGAACACCCGCCUCUGCUUGUCCACUGGGAGCAGACUGGGAUCGAAGGUGAACGUGCGAUCGUACAUGAACGUCUCCCCUACAAUACCGAGGUCGUCCUCGAUCAGUUCAAGCGCCGCCUUGCGCUGAUUCGGCGCCAGCCUCGAGAGGUUGACGUUGAGAGUGCGUGUUUGAAUCAAAGUGAUGCCCUUCUCUAG